AUGUGCGUGCCCGAGCUGGACGAGGAUAUGCUUUUCACCUAUCUAUCCUAUGGGGUAAUUGUAAUGGGUGUCUCAGGUGCUGUGCAAUGGUGGGAGGAGUGGCAGCUGCGUAUCCUCGUCCUUGGUAGCCUGGCGAUUCAGUACAUCCUUCUGGUUGCUUCCUACUUACGUAAGUACCCUAUCAGAUCCUGGUUUAGACCUGUCAUCUGGCUUGCAUACCUUGGCAGCGAUGCCAUUGCGAUCUAUGCGCUCGCCGCCCUCUUCAACCGCCAGAAGAAGCAGGAUGGACAUGGUGUCCUGGAGGUGUUGUGGGCGCCUAUCCUCCUGAUACACCUCGGUGGACAGGAUGGAAUAACCGCCUACAACAUCGAAGACAACGAGUUAUGGCCGCGGCACAUCCUCACCGCAGUGUCUCAGGUCACUGUGGCUGUCUACGUCUUCUGCAAAUCGUGGCCAGGCAGCGAUGACAGGAAUUUGCUAGUUGCUGCAGUAUUGCUCUUCAUCCCCGGUAUCCUCAAAUGCUUUGAGAAGCCCUUGGCUCUCAACAGAGCUAGCAUUAACAGCCUGGUGAGCUCUGGUGAGCCUAUCCUGAGGUCGAUUGACACACAUAAGCUCAAGAUUGAUCCACUUCAAGGUUUCAUUGACAAGGCAGCCAGUCCUGCAGGGGCCAAUGGUUACCUUUUUGCACCAGCCACGCUGGUGGAUUUUACUCCUUACAAGUUAUUUGUGGACCUUGCAUCUCCUUCUCUGGAUGACCGGAUCAGGAUGCUACGGUCCUUCUCAGGACUUGAUGACUACCACGUGUAUCAUAAGCUGCGGUAUUGGCUCUCUGAGACAUUUCAGCUCCUCUACACCAAAGAAAAGAUGUUCCCCACCAUCGAGAUUGGCUUUACAGGCUGCACCAAUAACGGUACCCAUGCCCAUGCCAGCAUAGUAAGCUGCUUUGGUAGUUUUGUUCGUGUAUUUGCUUUGUACCUCCCAUUCGCAGCCAUAGCCCUCUUUCACCAUAGUCAUAGAAAAGUUUAUAGUGAAGAUGAUGUCAAGGUUACAUAUGCAUUGCUCUGUUGUACUGCUGCCCUGGAGGGUUUUGCCAUGGGCCAAAAUAACAUGGGAAGGGCCACAAGAGAUCCGAAGCAAACACAAGUCAAGCAUAUGGUUUCCCAAUACAACCUUAUAGGUCUCCUUGCCCGCAACAGGAGGAAUUCCAGGAUGAUGUGGGUCAUGGAAGUAUUGGGAUGCUCCGACUUCCUUCAGCAACGUUGGCGCAUGAAGUCUUGCUCCUCAUCCUUCAGCAUUACAAAGUUAGUGCUCAAGUAUGUGAAAGGAGGGUGGGGGCAUCACAUAAGAGAUGUUUCCAGUUACAGGAAGUUCAAUGAUAACCGGGGCCAGUUUACUCUUGGGCAUGAAGGGUGCUACCAGGAACUGGGCUGGAGCUUAGAGGGCGCAUUUGACGAGAGUGUUCUUCUCUGGCAUCUCGCCACAGAUUUCUGUUACUACCACACAGGUGUAUCUCACUCUCAUCACAGACGGCUGUGCACGCAAGAUUCAUGUCCUCAUGCUUGGUGUGAAGGAUCUGGUCAUCACAAGAGGGCCAUCCAGUGCAGAGAAAUGUCCAACUACAUGAUGUACCUACUGUUUGUGAAUCCUGAAAUGCUAAUGGCAGGCACCAGAAGGAACCUUUUCACGACCGCCUACGACGAACUGAAGGGCAUCAUUAUCCAGGGAGACAAGCAAACUCAUAAGGAAGCAGAGCUUACACAGAUGAUAAUUGCUGCGGUGGAUGGUGGAGGAUCUCCACCUCCAGAUGGUACCCAGCAGCAGCAGGGGGGCAUUAUCCGUGACGCUUGGAAUAUUGCCAAAGUGUUGUCCAAUCUGCCUGAAGAGAAGAUGUGGGAUGUGAUCGAAGGCGUUUGGGUGGAGAUGUUGUGCUUCUCCGCCGCUAGAUGCAGAGGAUACCUCCACGCCAAGGGUUUGGCCACUGGUGUGGAAUACCUCACCUAUGUUUGGCUCCUAUUGUACUACAUGGGGAUGGAGACUUUGGCAGCCAAACUGCAGAGGGCGGAUCAUCAUUAUCACAACGGAGGAGUGCAUGGGGACGAUCCUUCAACUUCUCGCGUCAGCGGGGCUGCCACUAAUCAAGAGGGAGCUGCUGGUCCAUCAAGAUCAAGCGGAACCUACAAAGAAUAUGCUGAAGAUCAAUCCUCUGGUUACCAGGGCAGCGAUGCCACCGGGGAAGAAAUCGUAUAA